AUGUGUCUAGACGGUUCUCGUACGAUCCCGUUCGAAUGGGUGAACGAUGACUACUGCGAUUGCCGUGAUGGCAGCGACGAACCGGGAACGGCUGCCUGUCCGAACGGCUCAUUUCACUGUGCAAACCUCGGUCAUUUGCCGCUCAACAUUCCAUCUUCCCGAGUCAACGACCAGAUAUGCGACUGCUGCGACGGAAGUGACGAGUACUCUGGCUGGGUGCACUGCCCGAAUACGUGCGAAGAGAUGGGCCGAAAGAUGCGCGAAGAAAUGAGGCUACAAGAAGAACGACAGACAAAUGGGUAUCAGAUCCGUCAGAAGAUGGCCAUUGACGGCAAGAAGCGAAAGGUCGAAAAACAGGUAUCCGUAAACUCUCUUUUAUUCAGUAAAUAUCCCGUGGAACAAAUCCAAGCGAGGAAAGAAUUCGAUUUGAAUGCAGAUGGCGAAAUAUCACCUGAAGAAGUCAAAGUUUCUAAUGAAGCGCGAAUGAAACAUUCAGAUGUUCAAUCAAAAAUCAGGAGGUUGGAAGCUGAUCUUAAGGAAGCCGAGGAGUACAUGAAGAUUAACUUCGGUCCUAAUGAUGAAUUUGCACCACUAUACCAGCAGUGUUUCGAGAUCGCUCUCUCUGAAUAUGUUUACAAGCUUUGUCUGUUUGAGAAAGCUACUCAGCGCAGCAAGGACACGUCAAUGGAAACGGCUCUUGGGUCAUGGGGCAAAUGGAUUACAAUCGGCGAAGACGGGUUUUACAAAAUGCUCUACGAACAUGGUGCUCAAUGCUGGAAUGGUCCUGAGAGGUCGACAACAGUCGAUCUUGUAUGUGGUCUUGAAAACGCUCUUGUUGCUUCCUCUGAGCCCUCACGAUGCCAGUAUGCAUUCACGUUCGCGACUCCGGCGGUUUGUGAUCUCCCUACUCAUAAAAACCAUUAUGAAGGUGAACUGUGA